UUUGACCUGAAUACCAAAGUGGCAAAGACAAAUAAAAGAUGGACUUCAAAGCAGAAGGCUAAUCAGCAGAAGAGCUCUUCCAGUAGGAGUCAAGUACUGGAUGAUAGCACUUUCAGUGAAACAUCCCAAGAUGAAGCAAGACGUGCAGCAAAAACAAGAAGUAAAAAGGAAAAGGUUAACGUAUGGAUGGAUGUAACUGAUGACCUUAGUUUAACUCACUCGUCUGGCAGAACUUCAGAGGAAUUACUAACUGCAAACUACACAAAAGCUAUGCUGCUGUUAGAACAGCUUAGUGUGAAUCCUGAAGAUUCUGCUAUUUUUUUUGAAAUUCAAGACAUACUUCUUGAAUAUGAACAGAUGAUAAAACGUGGGAAAAAAUCACAUACAACUCUCUACAGAGAAGAAGGGAAAUUGCAAAGUGAAAAGGAGGAGUCACAAUUGAUGGUGGAAGAUGCUCAAGAUAUGAAAUCCAUAUUGGCUCAAAGUGAUAUCCAAAGCCUUACAUGUACUUUGAAACAAGAAGAGGAAAAGAGACUCAGAGUAGAAAUGCUGUAUGAGAAAACAAGAAAAGAUCUCAGAAGGAAAGAAGAUCAGUAUUGUAAAGCGGUGGAGAAGAAACGGCAACUUGAGUUACACUCAAAGAAUUUAGAAAUGGAGUUAGUAACACUGAAAAAGCUCUUGAAACAGGCUGAAGAAGAGCGUGAUAUAAUGCAGAGGCAGCUCUCUCAGGAACAGAGUGCCAGAACCCCACAAGAAGAAAUUUUGAAAAACAAUCUUGGGAGAGAAAAGGACUCAGAAGAAGAGACAAGAAGAACUAUAGGAAAAGAUUCAGAGGAAUUCGAAACUGAGAGAGAGAAGUAUCUGUUGUGCAAAAAUCAAUUGCUACAAGAUGAGAUGGCUAUGCUAAGACUCGAACUUGAUCAAGUAAGAGGGAGGCACGAGGAGGAAGGGUGGAAAUAUCUAGAGGAAAAUGAGACCUUGAAAGAAAAAAAUGAAGAUCUCAAAAAGGAACUUAAACUGAAUGAGGAAGCCUUAACACAAGCAGUUUUGCAGUACACUGGACAGCUGAACAUAUUAAAGGCAGAAUCUGCAGUACUAACUUCCAAACUUGAGCAGGCAAAAGAAGGCAGAGACAGACUAGAGGCAGAAACUGAAUCAUUUCGUUCACGCCUGGGCACUGCUGUUCAAGAACUGGAACGUCAUCAGUCAUCAAAAAGGGAUCUCGAACGGACACUUCAGAGAGAACGUGAUGAAUGGCUUCGCUCGCAAGACAAGCUCCAUUAUGACCUCUCUAAUGUGCGAGAAACCAACAAGACCUUGUCUGAGCAGCUGACUAAAGCUGAAAGCAAGUCUAAUAGUCUAGAAAAUGAACUUCACCAGUUGAAACAAACGCUCAGCGAAAAAACAUUGCUUUUAGAAAUGACACAGAAAAAAUUAACUCAAGCCCAGUGUCAGGCAAAGGAAAGCGAUCACGCUCGACAACUUGAGAAAGAUCAAGUAAGCAAAUUUCAAAUAAAGCAGGAAUCCAUGCAGGAGCGAUUGGCCCAGCUUCAGAGUGAAAACCUUUUACUCCGUCAGCAACUGGAAGAUAUGCAUAACAAGGGGAUCAGCAAAGAAAAAGCAGUGAAUGAUGUGCAGGACUGGUUUAAUGAUCUUUUCAACAAACUCAGAGCUGAUACUGAAAAGCAAGUUCACCUAGUGGAAGAGAGAAACAAGGAAUUAAAUAUGAGGUGUUCUGAUUUAAGAGAAGAAGUCCGUAAACAUGAGUCUGACAAAGUAGAAAGAGAGGGUGUGAUCAGACAGCUGCAGCAGGAGCUUGCCGAUGCUCUUAAGAAGCAAUCUAUGUCAGAAGCUUCACUUGAAGUUUUUACAUGCAUCCGCAGUGAGCUGGAGGAAGACAAGGUGAACUUGCAAAAGGAAUUGGAAAAGCUUAAAACGAAGUGCGAGAGUGAAGGAAAGAAAGCGAAGAAGCUGGUAGAGUUGAAACAUCCAGUUGAAGUGCAUCUAGAGCAAGAAGUGGAAAGAAAUACUGAACUGCAGAAAGACUGUAAGAGGUUAAAGCAGCUUCUCAGCAGAUCUGUGAAGAAACUAAGGAUGCAUGAGCAGAGAGAGUUUAAUUUGCAGGAAGAAAUGAAGAGCAAGUAUUCUGAUAUGGUCAAUGAUGCUGAUAGAUUGAGAACAAAGGUUGGUGAACUUUCACAGCAGCUGGAGAGAGAAUCUAAAAGAUGCAUGCAGCUAGAAGCACAAAAUCAGCAUUUGCAAGAAGAGUUGUCCACCAUGCGUAAGAGCCAUGAAAAACUGGAGAAGAGCAAACACCAGCUGAAAGAAGAGGUGGCUAACCUCAAAUAUCAUUUGGAGACUAAGAUGGUAGAUCACAGCCAGAUAGAAAAAUAUAAAAAAGAGGUGGAAGAACAAGCUAGGCAAGAAAUAAUACACAAAUUAAAACAAGUCAAUAUAUUUUUGCAGACACAGGCAGUCUCCCAGGACAGAGUAGAACAAAUCAGAGCCAGUCAUCAUGCUUCACUGACAAACCAGCUAAAACAGAGAAUUAGAGAUCUUGAAUGUGAAUGGGACAGGUUAAAAAAGACCCAACAAGACAAUAUUUUAAUAAAAGAAUCCACAGCGACAGAGGUGGAAAGGUACAAACAGCUGUAUCUGGAAGAAGAAAAAAAUAGAAGAAACCUAGCAAAUAAACUGGAAAGAACUAAGGAGAGACUAGCAGAAGCCAAGGCUAUGCUCCUUGAGGAGCGCCAAAGGAACAGAUCUUUAAUUGUAAAUGGCAUGGUCGGUGGUGGUCUGGCUGCAAGUCCGGUUCUGCAUUCAACUGAACUUGGACAUCUUGGCAACAGUUUGGGACUGAACAGAAGCCUGAAUCUAGGAGGAAGCUUCCUAAACUCGAUUGGGAACGCAUUAUCACCAAAAAGCAAGGUUGAAGCCUUUGUGGCUAAGGUACGGCAGGAACUGGAUGAAAAAAUCACUAAAGAACUUGAACAGGCCACUACUGGACUUGAAACUGAAUCUGCAAGAAUUUCAACCGUGGUACCUUCUAGUGGAUCUUCAACAAAUUCCGUUGGUGACCAGGAUCCGGUUAGCAGGGCAGGUCAGGAAUACCAGGAUGUUUUAACCAAAAACUACCUGCUUUGAACAAAAGGCUAGGGAAAGGCUCUGGCAAUCAUUUUGUUUACACAGUGCAUCUAUGGUUUCCCAUUCUACGGUUCCAGCAUGAAAACGUGUUUAUUGCAGUCUGUUAAAUGGAUGUAGAACACAUUGCACUUACCUGUUGGUUUAUUGAUGCAUAGUUGUAUUUUCCACUCACAAUAAAAUACAGAACUAUUUUUUCGAACUAGCAGAUUGACUAAUCGUCAUUCUUGAGCUUGACAGACCUGUCAAAAUGUUUCUUAUGAAGGCAGCUGCGUUAUUUUACUCCACUCAUGUUCUCUAUUUUAUCACAAGCUCUGUUCUGCUUAAUCUUUUCACUCUGUUUUUAAUGUUUCCAGCAUUACUUUAAUUCUUAGGACAUUAUUUGGUGCGCUUUGAGCCGGCUGCUUCAGUCCCGGUGCAGUAAAUAUUUCUGGUGAUAAAGUGAAAGUUUUGCCAGUGUUCAAGCUGGAGAAUAGGGCACUUUACAUUGCUGUCACUUUAUGCACCUUAGAUUUAAAAUUACUGUGAAUGUAUAGUAGUGCCAAGAAAGUUGUUUGGUCUUUUUGGUGUCUUUGGUUUGUAUCAUGGAACCACAGAACAGGCAAGAUUGGAACAGACCUGUGGAAGUCUUCUGAUCCAGCCCCUGUGCUCAAGGAGGACCACAUCUGCAAGGAUAGAGACUCCAGAGCCUCCAUGGGCAACCUGUGCUAGGGCUAAGUCACCUUCCCAGAUAAAAUGUGUUUCCUGAUGUUCAGACAGAACUUUCUGCGUUUCAGUUUGACACUCACAGUUCCUACAUAAACACCUGUGGUGCACCUGAAACAGUUCAUAUCAGGGGAAAAAAGGAAUGUUGGUAUAUCAACUUUGUCUCCUCAGUACUUUCCAGAAUAUGUGGGAUAGGAUAGUCCAUCCUUUUGUUGCUGUUGGCAGCUGAUUUUAUGGUGGCUGUAAGCUCAGGUGGUAGCCGGUGUGGUGGGACAUUUGUGUUGAUAAAACAAGCAGAUUUACAUAUUUCAGGGAGUUACCUGUUGUUAAUGAAGAUCCGCACUUGUCAUAUCAUGUCUACAAAAGUCACUAGUUAUCAGAAAAUUAUAGAAUAAAGUCACAGUUCUGGAAAAAUAAGAAUGGUUCUAGACUGUAAAAAUCUGGGGGUCUUACCUACCAAUUCAAGGACUUGAGUUAACAGGCAGUGUGGGUAGCAAUGAAUGCUGCUGUGACACUGUUUGUUUUUAUAUGAAUACAUUUUUGUGAAGCUAAUACACUGUAUUUAAUUCCAGAUAUUCCUUUUCAACUUAAUAAAUAUUUAAUAAAUUUUGUAUUCCAGUA